UCGGGACCAAUCCAUUAGUAGCUUUCCUCCAAAACGUUGGUGUUCUUAACAAAGUCUCAUUUAGGUCUUCCAUGUGGACCAUUUCCUUGUUCACUCAUGAAAUUAUAUAUAAAUAAAUUUCUUCGCACAGUCGAACCCAAAAACCCUAAACCCUAAAUUCUCAUUCUUGUUCAGAGUCACAGCGAAAUCCAUGGAUAUAGAAAUGGAAGAAUCACCACCACCAACAACUUCAUCUUCAUCCCCAUUGAAGCGUAUGGGUAUAAAAAAUUCGAUCCAAACAAACUUUGGAGAUGAUUAUGUCUUUCAAAUUACUUCAAGUCAAGAAGAGAAUUUAACAACAACAACAACUCUUGCUGUAUCAUUAUCAACAAAUGUGAUUAAGUUAUAUUCACCGGUAACUGGACAAUAUUUUGGUGAAUGCAAAGGUCAUAGUGGGCCUAUUAAUGAAAUCUCAUUUUUAGACUCGGGUUCGCCUCAUCUUCUUCAUUCUUGUUCUUCUGAUGGCACUGUUAGGUUCUGGGAUAUUAGGUAUUUUAAUCAGGUGGCAGUAUUAAAUGCUGGUUCAGCUCAAGAAGUGUUUAAUUUUGCUUUGGGUAGUUCAAGUAAUAGUCUUCUUUCAGCUGGAUGCAAAUCCGAGAUACUCUUUUGGGAUGUAAGAAGCAUGAAGCAAGUGGCAUGCUUGGAGGAGUGUCAUAUGGAAGAUGUUACUCAGGUGCACUUUGCUCCAGGUCAUCAGAACAAGCUUAUUUCUGCUUCUGUUGAUGGACUAAUAUGCAUAGUUGACACUGAGGGGGAUAUCAAUGAUGACGAUCAUCUGGAAUCAGUGAUGAAUGUCGGGACAUCGAUUGGAAAAGUAGGAUUCUUCGGGGAGAUGAAUCAAAAGCUUUGGUGCCUGACACAUAUUGAAACCUUAAGUAUUUGGGAUUGGAAAGAUGGAACGCAUGAAGCAACCUUCCAGGAAGCUCGUUCAUUAGCAUCCGACAGCUGGACGCUUGGCCAUGUUGAUUACUUUGUGGACUGCCUCUAUUCAGAACCGAAUGAUCGUUUGUGGGUGAUUGGUGGCACAAACGCUGGCACAUUAGGUUACUUCCCAGUAAAUUACAAGGGGGCUAGUGCAAUUCAAUCUCCCGAAGCUAUCCUAGAGGGUGGACACUCGGGGAUCGUAAGAAGCGUCUUACCUGCGUCAAGCAUACGUGGGAGACCUUCCCAGAGAGGCAUUUUUGGAUGGACAGGCGGCGAAGAUGGUCGCUUAUGUUGCUGGUUAUCAGAUGAAUCUUCUGAAACCAACAAACAGUCUUGGAUUUCAAGCGCUCUAGUAAUGAAGCCUUCAAAAACUCGCAAAAAAAGACAUCAUCCUUACUAGUCAAACUCAUCUUAGGUUCAAGAGGACCAUGUUUAUGAGAGUUUUCUUGGUAUCAUUGUUGUAUUCUUAAUUAGUAAUAUUAAAGUUGAGGAAAUACAAAGAAGUGAUAUAUGUGAAGUGUGAACUAAGGCUUAUUUACAAUUUUGUUUUUUAAGGCUUGUAGAGUUAUUAUGGACAGACUUUUCCAGCGUGUUUUCGACUUGGUUCUGAACUUAUUGUAUGAUAU